AUGAAUAAGAAAGACGAGAGGAUGGAGAAAUUGCGGGCGGUUGUGUCGAUGGCUGCCUUCUUGGCAAUCGGGGCUAUCUUUGUUGCUUUGCAACAGCAACAUCCAAGUUCUGAGAUCGACAUGAUGGUGCAGAAGGCUGCCAUGCAAGUAAGCCCGAAGAAGGUCAUGGUACACAAAGCUGCGAGCAAGAAGAUGAAUCCUGCGACCUGGAACUGGAAGAUGUGGCAAGAGAUUCUCUCUGAUCGUUUUCUGCCGCACCAGGAGGCGAAGAAAGCUUUGCUUCAUGCUGCACACCACAAGAAAGUGGUUCCAAAGCAAGCGAACCGACUGAACACAGUGAAGAAGUAUAUCACUCAUGUGGCACGGCAGGAUGCAACCGUUCGCGAUCAAGUAAGAGAGGUCAUCAAAGCAGCAGAAGCGACUGAAAAGGAACAGAUGAUCAAUGUUGAUAAAAAAAGUCAGAAAGCAGCAAAGGGAAGCAAAGUCAAGUCUUCGCGGGUCCCUCGGAAACUCUCGAAGAAUACUCUGAAGGUUAUGGAGGAGGCCAGGAGAGCUGGUUGGGCGGCGGAUGAAGCUGCGCGAGAGAAGGCCAAAGCAGAAGCGAAGAGUUACUACAACCAACUAAGGAAGGAGAUGUUUGCAAGGGUCAAGGCCAAGCAGGAGAGGGCAAGGAAGAUUCUGAUAGCUAGUAAGAACAUGUCCGCGUCGCAGGAUAACAAGAAACUUCUGAACGACUUGGACGCUAUCUACAGUAAAGAUGGCCCUCUUCCUCACAAGAAUGCCUUGGCAACCUCCAACUCAACCAAGACACACCUCGCAGCAGAGCACAAGAAGGCGAAACCUCACAGCGUGAUGUCUUUUCUUGCGAGCUGGUUUUCUUGA